AUGCCGGAAGUAGCAUCGCCACCUGCAGUGUCCAAGACACCCCAGAACGAGCAGAAUGAUAUCCCUGCCCCAGCCAAAGACACACAGAAGGAAAAGCACCUCCAAGCUCAUGCCCAUCGUCCACACCCACCACAUCCACAUCCACGCCCCAAACACCCAAACGACCAAUUCGGCAUCUCCUACUCACCCUACAAAGCAGACCGAACCUGCAAGAACCAAGAAGAAGUAGACUCAGACCUCUCCCGCCUCGCCUCCUACACCUUCAUCCGCAUCUACGGCACAGACUGCGACCAAACCAAGACAGUAACAACCGCAGCCCGACGCCACAACAUGCACGUCUUCGCCGGUAUCUACGACCUAACCGACUUCCCCUCCAGCCUCUCCGCCUUCAGCGAAGCCAUAACAGACCCCUCCGGCAAAAAAGACUGGUCAAUCUUCCACACAAUCGCAAUCGGCAACGAGCUCGUCAACGCAGGCACCAACUCCCCAGAUGAAGUCGCAAGCGCUGUCCAAACUGCCCGCUCCGUCCUCCGCGCUCAGGGCUACGAAGGUCCCGUCGUAACCGUCGAUACCUUCUCCGUGCUCCUGGAUCACCCGCAGUUGUGUGAGGCGAGUGAUUACUGCGCGGCGAAUUGUCAUGCUUUCUUCGAUGCCACGCAGAGGCCGGAUGGGGCGGGUAAGUAUGUGCUUGAGCAGGCGAGGAGUAUUUCUAAGGCGGCUGGGAAGAGGACUGUUAUUACGGAGUCUGGGUGGCCGCAUGCUGGGGAUGCGAAUGGGGUUGCCGUGCCGUCGAAGCAUGGGCAGAGGGUGGCUAUCGAGAGUCUGAGGAGGAGUUUUGAUCAUCGGAGGGGGGAUUUGGUGCUUUUUACUGCUUUUGAUGAUUUGUGGAAGGAUGAUAAUGCUUGGACUUUUGGCGCGGAGAAGUUCUGGGGCUUGUAUGGGGGACAUGGGGGUUUGUAG